UACCUUGUGGCUGACAGUCAGCAGUAAGCCACACGGUUAGUUCAUGCUUUAUAGACAAUCUGUAGCUUUUCUCAUUUACUUACUGAAUAAACAUGUCUUCACUUCUAAAGGUGGACAAUGAAAUUAAAUCAAAGGUCGAUGUUUUCAGGGAACGAAUCACAGCAGAGGCAGAAGAUCUGGUUGCAAAUUUUUUCCCGAAGAAAUUAUUAGAAUUGGACCAGUUUCUAAAGGAUCCUGUAAUAAAUAUCCGUGAACUGAAAGAAAUCCAUUCUGAAAUUAACCUGGCAGUACCAGACCCAAUUCUGCUUUCAGAUAUCCAUGAUGGGCUUGAUGGGCAGCAAAAUUCUAAAAAGAGAAAAAUUGAAGAUGGUACUGGAGAUGACAAAGUUAGCGGGACCAAGGUAUACAUCAUGCCUGGUGGAAUGAUGAAAAGCAAUGGCAAGCUGGUGGAUCUGAUCGAGAAAGUAAAGCCAGAGAUCAGAACUCUUAUAGAGAAAUGCAAUACUGUCAAGAUGUGGGUUCAGUUGUUAAUUCCCAGAAUAGAAGAUGGCAACAAUUUUGGUGUUUCAAUCCAGGAGGAGACUGUGGCAGAGCUCAGAACAGUGGAAGGCGAGGCAGCUUCUUAUCUGGACCAAAUAUCCAGAUACUAUAUCACAAGAGCAAAGCUGGUUUCCAAAAUAGCAAAAUACCCACAUGUGGAGGACUAUCGGCGCACAGUAACAGAGAUCGAUGAAAAAGAGUACAUCAGUCUCAAGAUCAUAGUGUCAGAACUGAGAAAUCAAUAUGUAACUUUGCACGACAUGAUUCUGAAGAACAUUGAGAAGAUAAAGCGGCCACGAAGCAGCAAUACAGAUGCACUCUACUAAGAACCUUCUUGUCUUGUCCCAUCCUCUUUUUUUCAUGGCACUAGCUAAAAUCUUGGACUGGUUCUGCUGCAGUUAAGAAACACUUCAAAUCAACUCAGACUGGUCUGGUACAAAAUGCUGAAAAUUAUAGGAUUGUGAUAUGAUCACUAUUUUAAAACCUUUAAAAAUCCCUGUUGAUUGGAGUGGACAGUGUUAGUGGAUGAAGGCAGAGUCUGAGUGUACAUCCUGAUCAGGUGGCCUCAGUUAUUUGUCUUAUUUAAUUAAAGAAAGAUCUUAAAAUUGGGGUUUCAUUUAUUAUAUAUUUUUCACAGAACAGUAUGCAGCGUGUUGCUGUUUUUAGGAGGUUCUAAUGCAUUUUACAUGUUUUAGACUCAGAUUGGUAACUGGUGUGAAUGUAAAAUACAAAAAUGAAAAUUAAUUGAAUCUAAUUCUUAGUUUCUCUAUUUGAGAGGCUAUGAAGUUCUAAGCCAUGCUGUAUUUAACUUUAUCGAUUGACUGUGUCCAUCUAAUUUGAAUGUAGUGCAAGAUGAAAUGCUGUACUUGUGAAUCAUUUUAUGUUCAUUCAGUAAGUUAUUUCAUAUGAAUGGAAUUCAAUAUUUUAAGCUCUUAUUUUUGUCAUUGAGUCAUCAAAUUCCCUAAGCCUAUGACUUAUUUUUUUGUCAAGUUUCAAGAGUGAUAUGUUUUGCUGAAUAAAAAGGUUUUUUUUUUCCAAA